AAAGGGACCGAGGCGGAAGGGGGGAGGGACAGGAGGAAGCCUACUGCCCAGGGGGUGGGGAGGCUGGGCCCAGCCCUGCUCCUGGACGAGGUGACCCGGUGGUGCCCCUGCUUGGGGCUGUUCCCACUCUUGGGUGGAAAGUCCAGAGUUACUGAGACCUUGGGGAAGCAGAAGGGUGGCCAGGGAGGAGCUUGAUGGGGACGCGAAGGGGAACCAUGGUUGCCUGCAGGCUGACCCCUCCUGAGAGCUAAGAGGAAGGAGGGACGCGACCCGAGGCUCCCAUGGAGCGCCCAUGGUGGAGGGCCACGCGCGGCCCCCUCGUGGCCCCCUGGCUCCUGGGUUUGCUGCUGUGCCCCUGGACCCUGCGGCUGACAGGAGGGCAGUCGGUCACCCACACUGGGCCCCCCAUUUUGGUCUCUCUGGCCAACCAGACUGUUAACUUCAACUGCACAGUCACCUAUAAGUACACCCGGGAGUUCAAGGCCUUCAGGGUCAACUACUUCCACGUGGACCUCCAGGGCCGGGAGAGCUCCCAGAAGCAGACUGACUGCCAAUCUGGCUCCGGCAAAGAGAACGCGACCUACUCCGUGAUGUGCUGUGUCUCCCCGGAGCUGCCCGAUGCAGCAGCCACAGGCACCUACUACUGCUCCGUCCAGCUGCCCCAGGCCAGACUGAGGGGCAGUGGCACCUUCAUCCUGGUCAGAGACUCAGGGUAUCGAGAGCCCCCACAGGGCCCUGGGAAGCUCCUGCUCUUUUGCUUUGCUGGCCUCCUGAGUGUCCUGAGUGUCCUGGCCACAGCUCUGCUGCUCUGGAAGAAGCAGAUGCAGGUGCCACAGACACACCUCACCCAGAAGUGCCUGGACCCCAGCCCUGCCAGCAGCCCUCAGAGGCUCCCAGCUGAGUCCAUCUACACGGCCCUGCAGCGCCGAGAGACGGAAGUCUACGCCUGCAUGGAAAACAAGGCCAGCAGCCCACCCACCACCCAGAGCCUCCUCUCCCAGGAGAAACUGCGCAGGUUUAAGGAUGACAGUGAAUUUAACCUGGUCUAUGAAAAUCUCUAGGACGAGCUCCCUGUGCCCGUAGAUCUUGCCCUGGAUCAGAGGCCCAGGGCAGCGCAGCCUCCAAAGGACUUGACCUCUGCAGGACGGAGGCCCCUGGGGCGCCCAUCACCUCAGCCCUGUGGUGAAGGCCCUUCCUGCCUCGGCCUGCCCCCUCCUCCAUCCUGCUCUGCAGCCAUGCCCACUGAGCGUCUCCCGUCUCUGGGCCUCUGCCCAAGCUGCUCCCUCUGCCAGGAGGGCCCUUCCUCAGUGGCAGGGCUCCCAUCCCUGAGCCUUCCUCACCUCCUCAUCUACAGGCUCUCUUGGUACCAGCCUGCCCCAUGGCCUGCAAGGCCAUUUGCCAGCUCUGCAGGAGGUGCCCGGCCAGGGCCCCUAGUCAGUGCUGUGAGCAGAGGCAUCGUGGAGUGGAUGAAUAAAAGAGCAACUCAGCAAAUGCCCCCACCUCCCUGCCCCCUGCCCAGCCAAGCCUAAGGCACAGGCACACGCAAGGCAGAGCGGGGCCGGCAUAGGAGGUGGGGGGUGUUGGCGAGAGCCAGCCUUGGAGAGGCUGGGCUGCGCCCAAGGGCAGAGCUGGAGGCCGGUGAGGUGGCUCGGUGGUGGUCUUAUCAGGUAGGGGCCUGCAGCAGGCAGGGUCUGGGCACACACUGGUGAGAUAGGAGAUCGUGCAUUUUGGGGGCAGGAAGGGGGUGGUGCUGGCUAAAUGGGCUGACGCCCCCCUGAAAGGACCACAAGGUGGUUUCCCACCAGCCUGGCCCCACACUGUGCCAACUGCUUCAUCACCCUUGUUCCUCAGACCUUCCCCACCUUAGCACCUCUGCUGUCCUUCCUCCCUGAGGUCCAGUCCCCCAAGGCCCCCACCCGCCUCCUGUCUUUAUCUGCUUAAGCCCCAGCCUGGCACCCUGGGAAUGGAGGCCUGACCAGACCCUUCCCUCCUUGCCCAGUGCAAGUCCCAGCUGUCUUGAGGCCACCCCUCUUCAUAUGGCCUAGCUGCGUGGCUCGGUGCCCGGGCCUCCCCUGGCUGGGCACAGGGCCCCUUUGUUGCAGGACCCCAGGUUCCGUGGACGGUGGCCCCUCAGUGCCUGGCCCUGGGCUGGUUCUGCUGCUCCAAGUGUCACGAUGCCCUCGGUUCUCACAGAGGCCCCUUGUUGGGACGAGGGGGUCAGGGGCUAAGGGCAGGAUCUCCUAGGCUGUUUGGCUCUGCUCCCUCUGGGCUCUCCCCCACCCCUCCCUAGCUUCCCAGUGGUUUCUCCUUUGUGAAAUGGGCACCCAGUCCUCCCUGUCACUCCUGAGGUCCCUGGGAUGCCCUUACACACAAACCCCAAAUGUGCCCAGGGAGGGGUGGGGCCCCUAAGCACCACUGGCCACCAGUUUGUGGGCAGCACCUUCAGCUCUGUAGGUCAGGCCCCUCCCAGGGAUAGAAAGACUGGGGUUUGGGGGUGUAAACUGAUAUCAGCUCCUGACUCCAGUUGCUUGUGGCAGAGGCCAAGCUUGGGGCCGUGCCACUCUGGACGCAGGGACUCUCCUCAGGAGGACAAAGCCAGCAGGACUGGGAGGGGGCUGCCUCACUGAGCCUUGGCCUCUAUCCCCAGCGUGGACCCGAGACCCUCAGGCUGGGAAUCGGUCUUUUCCAGUCGACCCCGGGAAUAGCUAGGGCGCCUGCAGGGACCACAGCCCCACGCCUUGGCCCAGCCCCAGCACAGUGCCCUGCCCCCGGUCUCUUCUCUACAAAACGGCCACAGGGUCCUGAUAAAACCUACGUGGGACCAUGUCCCUCCAUGUGCUCAAAACCUUCUGUGGUUCCCGCCUCACUUGAAAUAAAAUCCCAACUCCUCUCUGUG